AUGGUUCUCCCAGCUCCAGCUUACCCCGUCAUGGGCGUGGUCUACUUGGCCCGCAACAUCCAACUCCUCGGACCCCAGUUCAUCCGCUCACUCGCCUGGGCACUAGGAGUGGCCGUAUCGACCAUCACCCCAUUAAUCGCCCUCACCUUCAAGUCGCAACAAAAGCUUAUCACUAGCGUCAUCGACACGGCCUUCCCACGUAUCGCAGGGAUGAAGAUCCUGGGUAUCGGGAUCCAGACCUGGUCGACCAUGUUCCUGACAAUGGGCGAGUCCUCACUCCUGGUCGGGAUCAUCAUGGGCGAGCUUUUCAAGAAAGAGCGCUCCAAGGGACUCUUCCAGACCGUCUUGAACAAGGAGGGUAACGUCCAUGUCGGACCUCUGGCCCAGGUGACCGAGAACGGCGGCAUUGUAGUCUCGUCCAAGAUUGCUGCAGGAGAGCAUUCUUCUGUCUCUUCACGGCUCCACCAACAACAUCACAAGAUCGUGGACAAGACCUCGGCGUCGACUUCGCAUUACGGACAACGGAUGGGGCUUUGGUUGGUCACUCUGCCCCUCAACUUUGUCCCCGUCGCUGGACCCAUCGCCUUUUGCUACCUCAAUGGCAAAGUUCGCAGUCGUUAUGUCCACCGACAAUACUUUGACAUGAAGGAUAUGACCCAAAAGGAGCGCGAGGACUGGAUCCAAACUCGCCAGAGCCAAUACACGACGUUUGGGGUCAUUGCGCAAGGACUUGAACUGAUUCCAUUUAUCGGUAUCCUCUUUGGCUUCACCAACACCAUUGGUGCUGCAUUGUGGGCUGCCGACUUGGAGCGUCAACAGUUCGAGCUUCGCAGCAGGAAGCUUCGAGAGACCAACAACGCUGCUUCUAUGUAA